AUGUCCUCUCUUUGGUCUGCUAACUGCUACUUUGACAUCGAGUGGCGUGGGAAGAGGCUGACUCUGCGGGCUGCCAACGGGAAAUACGUCGCCGCCAAGAAAAACGGGCAGCUAGCAGCGACCAUCGAUUCUGCCGGUGAGUCUGAGGAGUUUCUGAUGAAGCUGAUUAACCGCCCGAUCAUCGUUCUGCGCGGCGAGCACGGCUUCAUCGGCUGCAGGAAGGUGACGGGAACGCUGGACUCAAACCGCUCCACCUAUGAUUACUUCACCCUGGAGUUCAGAGACGGAGCCUACAGCCUGCAAGACUCCACGGGUAAAUACUGGAUGGUGGGUAACGAGCAGUCGGUGGUGAGCAGCAGCGACACACCCGUCGACUUCCUCUUCGAGUUCUGCGACUACAACAAGCUGGCCAUCCGCCACGUUGCUGACAGCAAGUAUCUCCGCGGCGACCACGCCGGCGUCCUGAAGGCCAACGCCGACGACCUGGAGACCGCCACACUGUGGGAAUACUGAGGGAUCUGCUGCGAUGCUGAGGAAUGAAUUGAAAGUGUGGCGGCGCAGCUCAAACCCCAUCCAUACAUCUACCUACCAACCCCUCCUCGCUCCUUAUAAUAUGAUACUUAUGACUUUAUAUGUUGAUGAACUGCACAGAGAGAACAGGAAGGAGACACUCCUUUCUCUCCGUCCUCCCUUUCCUUCCCUUUUCCCAGCGCCAACCUUUAUCUGUUGCCAUAUUUACCGUCGGGCCAUGCACUUUUUUGUCCGAUCUGAUUCGCUGCUCAAACCUGUCACUCACUCCCUCCCUCCUCGCCUUACGAUUGAUGCCGUCCGUCCCUCCCUCCUUCCCUCCCCAGAACAUCUGUUUCUACCUGAUCUAAUCUCCCAAAAACAGAUCCACCAACCGGAGGAAAUCUGCUUCCUGUUAGCUGGAUUUAAAGAUGGAGACGGUGAGUCUGUUUGUGGGAAAGCUUCUUGUAGAAACAUAAUUUUUUUUUGUCUGUUUGUUUUUCCAGGGCCUAUGUGAUAUAACUGGAGUGGAGCUGAUAAUUAAAGAUAUCGAAGACGGGUUUAACCCCUUUAUUCAUCUCAUCUGUAAAAAAAAAACUAAAUGUAAACCAGUUUCCUGUGUUGUUAUCUAGCUGUGUUCUCAUUGGUCACCACGGGGGGAUUUCCUGGACCAAACGGGAUGUAGGAAGUUAAAACACUUACCCUUCCCCCCCCCUCUUCUUCACACACUAAACCCAUUGUCCUGAAAACAAUAUAAAUAAAUUAAAAAUAGCAAAUGUUGCAGUCACAUACUGUAUGUUUAUAUGAGAGAAAAAACACUCCCUGAUACACAGUUGGAUUUCUUUUUCUACGUCCAAGGCACAGACAUUAUCAUGGAUACAGUAGGGAGCUAUUGCAACUGGAGUGAAAUGAUUUAUAAACCCUUUUUUGAUGAAAGCUGCUUUUUGAAUCCCUCGACCAAACCUACACCUCGGCCUUUAUGUAGACCAUCAUCUCUUACACACACACGCAACUGGAACCUGGUGCUGCUCACUCCUGUUAUAACUCGUGAAAUAUUAAUAAAGUCGAGCAUCUCUCACCAAAAGACGGUGAUUUUCUUCUGCACCUGAAAGCCUUGCCAUAUAUAUCUGAAAUCUGCUGCUUCUUUAGUUUUCUGUCUGAAGUAGAGAUGUGACCAAAUUGUUUUUUGUUUGGUUUUUUCUGUUCCUGACUCCUCGAUGACGGUGAGGAAGGCAUAUGUUUAAAAAAAUAAAUAAAAAAAGAGAGAAAAGAAGCAGAUUUUGAAUAAUUUGUCUGAACUGAAUUGUCUGUUAUGCACUCGUGUAGCACAAUGCACCCAUUGGUCUUUGAUUCUCCACCCUUCUGCUUUCCACAUAAACACAAUAAUGAUUUCCGUAAAAAGACGUAAAUUAUUGUGCUAUCUCCCCACAUCAUCCUCUUCCUCGUUAAUCAUCCCUCUGAUGUGUAAAUCAGAAUGGAAAACCAAUCAUUGUACUCCCAUGAAAUAAUACAUGAUUGUAGCUGGCUCCUCACCAACUCCGUCCAAUUUUCUUGGAGUGUUUUUUGCAUGAAGGGUUGAGAAUCUCAAGCGAAUAAAAAGGAGCGUUUGUCCUCGGAGAAAACGUACAUCUCCGAGGUAACGGAGACCAAGGCUUAGACAAACGGAUGUGGAAGGGUAAACAUGUGGUAAUGACUGUGCCUUACUCUUUUUUGGGCAGUAGGGAAGAAAAGAAAUGAAUCCACAUCUUUGCUUUGUAUAACUGGAACUUCUUUUUGUAUUAUUAUUUUGUAUAAUUUUUUUGAUAUUGUGGAUUAACCUCUCUUGUGCCAUUGGUUCACCUGAAAUCCAACGACCAAUAAAACUGGGAUUUGGAACGCU